AUGCUGUUCCAACAUCACCCACUAUUCGCUCUUUUCGCUCUUCUGGUGUCGUUUUUCAGCAUCGCAUCUGCUAAAACGGUCGUCCACGACGAAACCUUCAUCCCCGAUGCCAUUCUACGCGUCACCGAGGCGGACACGACCCAGGCAUGCUUGGCCGCAAAGCCCAUCGUACUUGUCAACGGCACUUCUCCUGGACCUGCUCUGACGCUCAGGGCAGGCGAGGUGUACUGGAUCAGAGUGUAUAAUGAUAUGCAUAAUCAAAACUUGACCAUGCAUUGGCAUGGCCUCGCGAUGACAACCUCUCCAUUCAGCGACGGCACCCCCCUCGCGUCGCAAUGGCCCAUCCCACCCCAGAAGUUCUUCGACUACGAGCUUGGGAUCCCGACGCACUCGGCCGGGACGUACUUCUAUCACAGCCACGUCGGAAUGCAGGCCAUCUCCGCAACAGGCCCUCUCAUUGUAGAAGACAAGCUCGAGGUGCCGUACUACUACGACGAGGAGCGCAUCAUCUUGCUGCAAGAUGUCUUCGCGAAGGACGACCUUACACUGGAGAAAGGCUUGCUGGCCAACCCGCUCGUUUGGAGCGGCGAAUCGGAAAUGAUUCUGGUGAAUGGGAAGGGAGCAGGGACGGCGAACGGCAAGGUGUGCAAUGGCACGUUGGCGUCGUUGGAUGUGCAGCCCGGGAAGACAUACAGGUUGCGCUUCAUCGGAGGCACGGCUCUGACCUUCGCCUCCCUUGCGAUCGAGGGCCACGACUUGACGAUCAUUGAGGUUGACGGUGCCUAUACACAACCAUACAACACUUCUUUUCUCCAACUCGGCAGCGGCCAGCGCUACAGCGUACUCCUGACCACGAAAUCGGCCCCCGAGAAGAGCGCCUACUACAUGCAAAUCGAGUCUCGCGACAGACCGACCCUCACGCGCUCCUUUGCCGUCCUCAAUUACGGCGUCCCCUCGCCGCCGACGAUUUUCUACCCUCCUCCUUCCCCGCCCAUCACACUGCCCGACACCGAGGUGGCGUUCCUCGACUACGAUCUCGCCCCUCAUCCCGAUCACGAGCAUCUGCGGAUGCCUUGCGCGUCCGAAGUGACCCGCACCAUCACGAUGGUUAUCCAUCAGAGGUAUGACGGCGUCGUCACCUGGGUCCAGAACUCGUUUCCCUGGCAAGAAACCUUCCCAAAGGAACCCUACCUCGUCUCCCUGUACAACGGGGACGUGUCGAACUUCCCUUCCAUGGAGCGCGCCCUGGCGAACGGUGGCAUCGACCCCGUGACGCGCACUUUCCCGGCGCAGAUCGGGGAGGUCCUCGAGAUCAUCAUCCAGAACACGGGCUCGGAUAACAACACCGUGGACAGCCACCCGUACCACGCCCAUGGUGAGCACUUUUGGGACCUCGGCAUGGGGGACGGCGCGUACGACCAAGCGGCUAACGAGGCCAAGUGGGCUGCGGCGGCGGCCCGCGGCGCCUCGCCUAUCCGCCGCGACACCAGUAUGGUCCGCCGGUACAGCAACCGAGCGCCGAAAGACUCUCCGGCAGGGUGGCGCGCGUGGCGACUGCGCGUCACACAGCCCGGCGUGUGGAUGUUGCACUGCCACAUCCUGCCGCACAUGGUGAUGGGCAUGCAGACUGUCUGGGUCCAUGGUAACCGGUCCGAGGUGCUAAGGGACGUCCAGGACCCCGAUGUGCAGGGCUACCUGAAAUAUGGUGGGGAUGUCCUCGGCGAUAGAAAUUCGUGGCCCAGCGUGGUGGAGUUUCAGAGCGGGAAGACUUGGACAGAUGGGCAGUAG